GUCCCUGCGAUCAUCUGAAUAGCACUGGUGACGGGGAAGGGAAGAGCAGAGACAGGCACCCAUAGGCAGCCUGGAUCGGACCGUAUAAAUCUGGGAGGAGGGAGGGGGCCGGACAGCCUGGCCUUCCCAGCUGGCACACGAGGCUGAGUGGAAGCCAGCGACAGGCAGUGGAGCGGGAGGCGUUGUGCCUUCACCCCAAGUGACCAUGAAAGGGGCCAUGCGAGUCUCAAUCAUGUUCCUUCUGGUGACUGUGUCGGACUGUGCCGUGAUCACAGGGGCCUGUGAGCGGGAUGUGCAGUGUGGGACGGGCACCUGCUGCGCCAUCAGCCUGUGGCUGCGUGGGCUUCGGAUGUGCACCCCGCUGGGGCGGGAAGGAGAUGAGUGUCACCCGGGCAGCCGGAAGGUCCCCUUCUUCAGAAAACGCCAGCACCACACCUGCCCCUGCCUGCCCAACCUGCUGUGCUCCAGGUGCCCGGACGGCAGGUACCGCUGCUCCACGGACUUGAAAAACAUCAACUUUUAGGAGCCUGGCUAUUGUCGGCACACACGCUGGGCCUCUGCAUGAGAACAGCCUGUGGGGGGGGUGGGGGGUCUCUUAUGGAUUUUGAUUUCUGCCACAUGGCCCAGCUCCCCCACCACCCCGUCCCCAGUCCCCAGGCCCCAAGCUGCCUCCCCCCAUCCCUCCUUCCUAGCCUACAUCUGUGCAUUCAUGCAGACACCCGCACAUGGUCCGCCAGGCUGGCCUGAGGGCGUCCCAGCCGAGGACCGUGGUCCUGGCAGCAGCUGUUACGGCUGGCUGAGGGGUUGUACGUGUUCGGAAGGACACUGUUUUCCCUUAGCUCCUGCCUCAUUCACCUGUCUGCUCCUUAGAGGUGACUUGUCCUCCUCCCCGGGCCCAUCUGUCCCUCCUCCCGCAUGUCUGCCUGAACCUGCACAGCCCCUUGGGUGCGCUGCUCUGCGUCUCUGGCCUGAGCCUCAGGCCCUUUCUGUGAGGCCUGUGACUGUCAACCCGGGAGUCGGCCAUCUUCCUUUGACUGACUAACCCCUCGGUUGUAGGCCACGGGCCCAAGGUCAGCCCUUCCCGGGGCGCAGUAGGCGGUGACCUCAUGGCAGGCGUGGGAAGCCACCAGGCCAGUGCUGCAUGGCCUGCGAACCCCUCCCAGCACGCCUUACCAGUUAAGCAGGGAAGCCCCCAAUUCCUACUACCUCGCUCUAAAAUGCAAGCGGCGGCCAUUUGAUCUAAUCAGCUAUUGACGUUUUAGGAGGCAAUUAGGGAGUAACCUCAAACAGCUCCUUCCCAAGGAUCGGUCCCUGGGAACAUGUCUGUGACCUUGAGGACCAAGGGCUUCUGCCCAGCUGGUGGGGGGUGGGGGUGUCAGGUGGGGGGUGGGGAGGCAGCAGGCAGGGACACUGACUUUGGAUACAGGCGUGCAACCACUACUGCGGGCCCAGGCUGCACAGGCACCACACCCAGAGCCAGCGUCUUCUCCAGACAGUGAGGGCUUCCUGAAGUUCAAAGCUGUCUGUCUGGGAGUUGUGUCACUGGCCUCCAUUGUCAUCUAAAACACAGUCGCUCUAAGCCCCUCGCAUCUGGACUCUGCCCCAGGCCCACCCAGGACAGCGUGGUGAUGCCCGAGGCUGCAGAAUAAAAGCAUGAACAAGGGGCGAGCGGCUGUGGUGUUUCUGCUG